AUGCCCUUCUUCAAAGAACUGCGCCGACGGUCGAAAGCAAGUUUCCGAACCUCCGACUCCUCGACAGAUUCCAAUGGCACCGUGCCCACCGCGAAGUCGUCCUCUACUCUUAACUCCGCCCCCGGGAGUGCAACACCGCCUUCAACAUAUCACGCCAAUGGCUCUUCUUACAACGUCUUGGGCACGGUCAAGAGCAGUGGCGACACUCCACCUCCGGUCCCUCAGCGACCCCAUGUGACGGUGCCAAAUUCCAAUAGAAACAGUAUGAUAACUCUAUCUCCUUCCGGCUCUAAUGGGACCAUAAGAGUUCCUCCUCCGACCUCUGCGUAUGCGCCUAAAAUUACCUCAGUCAUGGAUAAUUCAGUGGUCUAUCACAAAGUACUGUUGGUGAAUGGAGAAAUUGGCGAUCCUUAUCAGAAACCCAUGGACGGCAAUCUGACGGUCCAUCACGACAAGGAGGGACAGGCGUUCCCUCCCACGAACUGGCCCGUAUCCGACUCAUACUUCAAAGCGCUGGUCUAUCUCUCACCCGGCUGGAACCGAAUUCGCUUUGACUUUACCUCCCCAAAAUUGAGUCACUACAGCACUGGAUCCGCGCCGACCAUGCACACUUCGUAUAUGAUGCUCAACUACCUCCCGUUGAAUAGCGCCCCUCCUCUUCAGCUUGUCAUCCUGGUUGGGAGGGAUUCGCCCUGUACAUAUGACGCAGUUCCUCAGAGAAUGCACAAUGAGGGCAACGAUCUGUCCAUGGCCAUCAAGAAAUUUCGAAUGGCCGCUCAUCUGUGGCAGACAUUCACUGCAGAACAAAUGUACCGACACAAAUUCGGCCGCAGAUGUUUCAGGUUCGAGGAAGAAUGGCAGACCGGUACACUGUCCAUGCGAGAUUGGGAAAUGGGCAUCAUGAAGAAUGAAGCCAGGAUCCAUGUCGUUCGGGCGGACAAGACUACUGCAGAGUUGCAGGAUCUGCAAUACGCGCAGCAACACUCACCCGCAGCCAAGAAAGGAGAGCUUUACUCAAUUGCGGCGGAUGCUGUCAAGAAGUAUUUCAAUAUGAAGCCGGGACAAAAGCAGCACGUGGCGUGCCUCCUUCUUGAUGCUCACUGGGAUCCAGAAGCCGGAACAAUUAGGGGUCAUGCUGCUCUCGGUGGUACAGGGGAUGACCUUGGCCUGGCCAUUUUCGGCUCACACGCUCUUCAGAGCUAUCCGUCUUGUAUCGAGGAAGUCGUGCCCGCCUUCAUGGACUGCACGCGGACGGACACCAAGUAUGUGGCAAACGAUUGCAAUGAAUCCGGAAGCAGCUGGGAAGCCGCCAACAUUGGUAUUGGCGCUCAUCUGCAUGAGGUCGGCCAUCUUUUUGGGUGUCCGCACCAGGAAAACGGAGUCAUGCUAAGAGACUAUGUCCGAUUGAACCGCACAUUCUUGGUCAAAGAACCAUACUCAACAAGAACAAAAUCGCAAGGUCUCAAGGUCUGUCGCCAGGAAGACGAGUGCGGUUGGCAUCGACUAGACGUGCUGCGUUUCCGAUACCACCCUUGCUUCAGACUCCCGAGUGAUGAGCCCCUCCCACAAGACGACAGUAUUCAGUAUUUUCCAGUUGGCAACGGACGUGUGAUCUGUUCGGCCCCCUCAGGGAUUUCAUUUAUUGAGAUACGGACCGAGGGCGAUGAGCUGUGCCGGCAAUGGAUCGACUUUACCAAUGCUGAUCCCCGACACAGCGCGACCCCCAGACAAAUCACCGUGGCCGAGACUGACAUCCGUGGACGUCUACCUGAAGACAAGAAGAAGGUCAAGCUGUCUUUGACGAUCUUCUGUGGUAGUUCCCGAAGUGAAAAGAUCGAAGAUUUAGAUGACCUCUUGUCGAAGAAAUAUAUUGUGAACCUUCCACACGUCAAGCAGGCGCCGAAGCGCGAUGAAGGCCUGACCAUGAACGCGCUGAACAAUGUUGUUGGGCUGAGCAAGUCCUUCGACUCUCGAUUCGGUUUUCGAAGCAAGAAGCUCGGACAAUCCCAGCUGGAAGGUUCGCAACCAGAGGAGCUGAUCCUAGAAAGCAUUCAUCUCCAGACAAAACUUCUGACGUCGGUCAGAGUUUAUCAUGGAUAUGCACUGGACGGCAUUGAAUUCUGCUAUGAAGACGGCCAUAGUCAACUAUUCGGUAAGAGGGGUGGGAAACCUGGCGGUGACGAAUUCGUCCUUGACACGCGUCGUGGCGAAACCAUUCUCGGCUUUUAUGUGCGUGCCGGGCUUUGGGUCGACGGUAUUGAGAUCUUGACCAGCACCGGCCGAAGAUCGAGUGUUUUUGGGAAUGCAACAGGUGGAUCUGGAUGA